AUGGACCACGAUAUGUCUCCCUUGCUCUCAGCGAUGGACGCCCCUCUCAUCAAAGCAGAAUCAGUGUCCAAGCCUACCGAGCCUGAGCUUGUCGCGGCGCAGUCCGUCAAGCUCGAAGAGGGCGAGAUUGAGGAGCCAAGGAUCGAGAUAUCACCAUCACGGUCUUUGGCUGCGUACUCAUUUUCCCCUCCACCACUGAUCGACGAUGGCACAUGCACACUUACGCAAGAUGAUGACACCGAGUCACGGGAUGAGCCGGCCUCACUGCGCGCUGAGUUAGAGCUUGCGAAGCACGAGUAUGCUGCUCUCGAAGAGCGUUAUUGCACACUCUCGAAUCAGCACCGGGAGCUUCGUAAGCUGGCCUCAGCCUACAGCGAUGUCAUUCGAGGCUUCUCUUCGAAUGAAGAUGAGACAUCUAGUGUUGAACAUUUUAGAACAGCGAGCGGCAGAUAUGGUCUACAAGCGAGAGCUUUCGAGGCUGACGUUGCUGGCGGUCUACAGGCUCUCGUCUCACGAGCAAAGUCUGUGCGGUCGCUGAUCGAAAAAGCGGGAGGCAUACAAGAGCUGGAAGAUCUGGUAUCAAAGGCGCACAUGUUUCGAAGAAAAGUAAAUGAGGUGGGAGGCCUACUGGCUUUUGACCAUCUUGUGUCAGAAGUGAACCUGCUACGAUCGAAGCAGCAGGAGCAUGCCGAGCUGAUGCGGAAUAUUGAUGGUUUGGAAAAACUCAAAAUCAAGGCCGCAAAGUAUGAUAGGCUGGAGCAGACGUUCAACGAGAUGAAAAAUGCUCAUAGUGCGGCCGCCCACGGAUCAAGCCUUUUGCACGCAAACAUGGCUCCGAUGCACGCAUCGCACAAUCUUACUGAGAUACCUACGGGAAUUGACCAGAAUCGUCUUCGUAGCAACACAACGCCUGUUGCUGCAGCUAACAUGAAUCCUGCACGUGCCAAUCGCAUCUCUGCCACGCGUGUCGUGGACGACCCCGAUCGCGACUUGUACGAAGCAGAGGCCCCUGUAAUCAAGCCACAAAACAGGACCGGAUCGAACAACGUGCCUCUGGGUCCUUCCCAUGUAUCCACUCUCUCCGUCGACAAGGCUUACAGGCGGGCAACACUGAAGCGAAAGGGAGAUAACGAGCCCCCGUCAAAUCAUAUCAAACGACCCCAAAUCGAUGUUGGACGCGCUUCAGCUCUGGUGCAAGCUAUCUUGCCUACUCGAAGUACCAAACGGUUAAAGCACGAUCUUGUGCAAGUUGACUGGAGGAGUGCGAGGAUCGUAGACGGUAAGCACGCCAGAAACCUAAAUGGGGGAGCUCGCUUCGAGAGCCUUGCCAAAGGACCAUCUGUCACUACCGCGCCUUCUCCAACAGUCAUGGCGGCUACAGUUUCAUCCGAGAUUUAUUCAAAUGACUUUCAAGCCUGUGGAUAUUCAGCGCCUCUACCAAGAAUCAACUUUGUCCACCAGUCACGUCUGCCAAUGGUGAAGACCGAGGACACUGAGAAUAAACAACUGAGUCAUCAUCCCAUGUCCAUAUCAAUUGUCAACGAUAUGAACCUUCAACAGGCUGCAAUUGUUUCGGUUAGGCGCUAUCCAAUUGCAGUCUGGGUUGGAUCUAGCCCUUCAGAAACCGACUCAACGCCCGCCGACCUGAGGAAGACCGACGAGAUGCCUUCGGACCUGGCAAAUUUCCUCUCAAGUGAACUGAUGAAAUACAUCAAUGUUACAAAUUUGGAAAUUUGGAACUCAAUGCCGGCAAAUCCUGACACGUGCAUUCUUCGAUACAUUGUUGACGGUCAUAGACCCUCCGGUCAGCCACAGACGCGCAGGGUUUGUAGGACGUGUUCUUCAGCAUUUGUUAGCCACCACCGACCUUGCGCCUUGCUCCAAGACGUGGAUGGUGUACGCACCGUCGUCUUCUUGCCUCUUCGAGAUGCACUCAGGCGCGGCAUCAGCUGGACGGACAAACAAUAUUGGGUCAUGGAUCCGCAGUAUGGUCGAGGUCUUCAGGCUUGA